AUGCAGCUCCUUCGUCAACUCGUGCUCGUAGCCGUUGUCACGAGUUCCAGCUCAGCCGUUGAUGUCCCGGCCGUAUCCACGCCGGUCGAAGCAUCGCAGCAGCACACUCACUUACGCGGUCUAUUGGCCAAGCUCGUCACGUACGAGUCGGCAGUUCCGCCAGUCCGAGAACUGGUGGCUACGUGGGGAGAGGGCGAGGUCGGUGACUCGCGACCGCUCCGCCCUCUCAAAGAGAAUAUCGUGGGUGGACAGACAGUCGUGGUCUUUCACGACCGCCGUCGGAGCCCCGAGGCCAAGAUGGAGUCGGCCGUCGUGGCUUUUGACGUGCGGUCAAGUCCCAACUGCGUCGUGAGCGUGUGCGGGGAGCUGAGCAAGUGGUAUUUGGGCUCCAAAGAGCAGUGUUUUGACCUGCGCAUUGCGCCGAAAUCCACCGACAAGCUGGAAAACGGACUCAUUCGGGGCGUUUCGGCCGCCUACUCGAGUCGACGACCCGUGGCAUCGAACUUGUACCUGAAGUUUGACGCCACCAACUUCAUUGAUGGCUCCAAGUGUGAGUACGAGAUCCUGUCGGGCAGUAAAACAGUGCGUGAAGAGGAAGUGUCCAGUGGCUCGCAGACCGCGGUGGCAUAG